UCAAGCCAUGAAGUGGGCAAUACUAUCGUUACAAUCGCUGCUCGUCCUGGUCCUGGCCAUAGCCAGUGGCCAUUCACUGGUGAGCGCCCGCGAUGAGCUGCGUCCAACUCAAGCGCCGCUGCUGAGCUCCACGGUGAAGCCGACGAGCGCACCCAAGGCAGAGUCAAAGCCCACCAAGCCCCUGAUGAUCAUCAAUGCGCCGCCCAUGAAGCAGAAGCAUCUGGUGCCGGUCAGCGUGGAGACAGCCCAGCCGGAGAAGGAGCAAGAGUCGCCCCAGGCGAUGCAGUCGCAGCCGCAGCCGCAGCAGCUGAAGUCGUCGCUGCAGGUGCAGGAGGCAAAGCCGUUGCAGGUGACGGGCUUCAUCACCAAGUCGGGCGACAUCUACGAGAUCGAGGACAAGCGCGGCCUGGGCCGCAUCGAGCCCCGCCAGGCGGACGACGGCGACGAGUCGCAAAUCGUUUGCAACUACGGCAAUGUGGUCAUCUACAGCGAUGUGCCCUGCGAUCAGGUGACCAAGGUGAAGGUGGGCGAGGUGCAGCCCCUGCAUGGCCCAUCCGAGCAGCAGCAGCCGCAGUCGUCCACCGAGGGCCCGCUCGCCGCCGAUGAGGACGACAGCCAGCAAGCAGCGGCCCAGCCGCUGGCGGGCGACGGCUCCAAUGUGCCGCGCCAGCAGAACAUGCAGCAGCGUCGCCGCCGGCGCCGACCUCAGAAGCAGCAGCAGCAGCAGAUCCGACGUCGCCAGGGCAGCAAUGCGGUGCGACUUGUUCGUCGACGCAACCGCAACGGCAACGCCAAUCGUAACGGCAAUCGUCGCGGCCAGCAGGUGCGUCGCCGUCGCCCCAACCAGCAGCGCCGCGGCAACGGUCAGCGCCGGCCGGCUGCCAACAGGCAGCAGAAGCUAAAGCAGCAGCGUCGUCGCCAGAUGCAGCGCCGCCGCAUUCAGCAGCAGCAGCAGCAGCGCCGUCGUCGCCAGCAGCCACAGCGCCGCCGCCAGCAGCAGAGGCAAAUCAUCCGCGACUACGACGAGGCUUAGGCAGCGCCCACUGGCCGCAGCUAUGGCCCGCAGCUGCUGAUUAGGCUCUGUAUCAGU